AUGGAAAUAGAAUAAAUAUCAAAUACUGAUUCUGUCAUUGUAUUUUCAUUAGAAUUCAAUGAUGAUAAGAUAGAAUUACUCCCAACUGCUAGAUUGAUUAUAAAUAUUUUUGAAGAGAAGAUAGAAAAGAUAAAAGACGGUAAAACUCAUCAAUCAUAUGAAAAGCUUUUAAACAUGAUAUUAAAAAUGCCAUUUAGAAAACAGCUUAAAAUAUCUUAACUCUAACAAUCAAAGGCCUAUAAAUUCAAUUUUAUACUAGAAAACGGUUAAGAUUUAAUUUAAAAAAAUAUAUAUGCGUAUACAAAGGCAAGCGAAAAUCCUUUAUUAGAUUUAGAUGAAUAAUUUUAGGAUUUUGCUUACAAUACAAAAAAAACUGGUAAAGCUAAAGGUUUGUGUGAAAGUGAGGAUAUUUUGUACAAAGCUGCUCUUGCUAAUGAUGUCAAUAAAUAGAUAUUUAAAAACGAAAAAGAAUUAUUGAAAAAAGUUAUGGAUGCUAGAAAAUCAUCCAACACAUAAUAAUAUAUUAAUGAGUCAUAUAAAUUUGCAAAACCAAACUCUAAUAAAAUAGAGAGGUUGAAAAGAACUUUAAUGGUUGCAUAGGGAAUAGAGUUAUAUGAAAAUAUUUAUGGAUACAGAGAAGGAAAUGAUCAAAGGAAUGGUUUUUAAUUUGGAUAAAAUGACUGGUUUAUGGGACCUUUUUACAGUUAUGACCAUAACUCACACUCAUUAAAACAAAAACAGAUUUAAAAGCUCACUUAAGAGUUUGAAUAAUAAGAAUCUUAAAAAAAUCUUAGUUCUAAGAAUAGCUUUUAACAAAGACCAAACAGCUAAUAUUAAAGAUCUAAUCCUCCUCAAAAAGAAAUUUAAACUGUUGCAAGUAAAAGUAAAAUGAAGCUUUGA